AUGCCUCCACCAUUUAUGCCGUGUGGCCCUGGUUGCACUGGUGACUGCCAGAAUCCUGGUGGUGGCUUUCCAGGACCAAUGCCUGGUGGAAUGAACUUUCCGGGUUUCCCACCACCAUCAGGCCCAGGACCAUCCACCUUUCCCGGCCCUUACCCACAGCCGACCGAAUGGCCUGGCAUUGGGCCUGGCAACUUCGGCGGCCCUAGUGGUGGAGGUGGAGCUGGCCUCUCCGAAUCCCCUUAUGUAUAUCCUCUGGGAACAUCCGGCCAACGCAUAAACUUGCUGAUCGAUACUGGGGCAUCUCUGACAUUGAUUUCUACUGCUGCAUAUAACAAACACUUCCGAAGCAUUCCUGUUUGUGCAGACAAAAGGAUAAACCUCGGAGGCAUCGGUGGUGGACUGAGCCCUAGCUACCAAAGAUUUACGAUGCCUCUAACAUUUGAUUUCGGCAACGGAAAAGCCACUGUUGAAGGAGAGGCAUGGAUUUGUGACAGUGGUUUUGAUGUUGACUGUCUCCUUGGUCUUCCGUAUCUGAGGGCAAACCAGAUGAGUCUUGAAUGGGGUAGCAACGGGGAAACUGAUUCCGUCAUGGUUCAGGGGCACAAAAUCCCCAUUAAUGUUGAAUCCAAAGUGGUACAAUACCUAGUUGGCAACCGGAGUGGACGCCAGCGCAAAGGGCGCCUGAUUCGACUUGGAGGAAAGCGAAAAUAA